UUCAUUGGGGAUGAAGCUUUCGGUUUGCGAUCAUAUCUAAUGCGGCCAUAUUCAAGGCGAAGUUUAAAACACGAUGCACACAAGUUAUUCAAUUAUCGUUUGUCUCAUGCUCGAAUGACAAUUGAAGAUUCUUUUGGAAUUCUUACAACUGUUUGGCGAAUUCUGCAAACAACACUGAACUUAAAGUUACGGACUUCAAUUAACAUAGUCAAAUGUUUGUUGUGUUUACACAAUUUUUUAUUGUCGAAGGAAGCGCAAGAGCCAGAAGAACAUAAAAAGUAUGCAACUGAAAAGUUGAUGCGGAAAAUUAGAGAAAAUUAUAAGUGCAAUCAAGAUUUUAAUGAAAAUUUUGGACGACAAGAAGAUGAGAAUGAAGAAGAAGAUGAAGAAGGUGAAGAAGAUGCCGAAGAUGAAAUAGGAAGAAAUAAUGAUGACAAUUAUGAUAUCGAUGGACGAAACCAACAGGAAAAAAAGAAAACUAAGAAAAAAAUUUGUCCUAAAGGACAAAAAGUAAGAAAAAUUCUGUGUGCAUAUUUUGAAAAGCAAAGCAAUUUAAUGUAAUUUAAUGAUUUUUUCAAAUACAGUAAAGACAAAC